GCCCAUAAUGUAAUGACAUCAAUAGCCACUCCUCACAACAUCACAGUUUGCCAGUGUCAGAGCAGUAGGCAGCAGUGAUCUCAGUAUUUGAAAGGCUUUCAGGUUGUGAAGGGUUGAUAUCCAGGGUUGUUGGAAGCAACCGUGCGUUUGAAGACAACCAGGUGGUUUAAGAUUCCUACGAGGUAGGGUCACCACCGGCCUCAGGAUGAAUGAUUCUAGCUCAGAAGAGGACUACUGCUCCACCCUCGGUCUCAUCCUCCCGCUCACCGACGAGUCCGGGUGGAACCAUGGCUUUCGCUCCUUCAUCUACCUGUUCGGUCUCCUCUGGAGCUUCAUGGGGGUGGCCAUCAUUGCCGACAUCUUCAUGUGCGCCAUCGAGGUCAUCACCAGCUUGACCAAGAAGCUGAAGGUUGUCAACGCAGCGGGCGAGGUGGAAGAGAUCGAACUGCGGGUCUGGAACGACACAGUGGCCAACCUGACCCUGAUGGCUCUGGGCUCCAGCGCGCCGGAGAUCUUGCUCUCCGUUAUUGAGAUCGCAGGGAACGGGUUCCAGUCGGGACAGCUCGGCCCGAGCACCAUCGUCGGGUCCGCUGCCUUUAACCUGCUGAUCAUCACAGCUGUUUGCAUCAUGGGUAUCCCGAAAGGAGAGACCAGACGGAUCAAGAGGAUAAAAGUGUUUGGUGUUACCACGUCUUUCUCUUUAUUUGCCUACAUCUGGUUGUACAUUGCUCUUCAGGUUAGUUCUCCUAAUAUAGUGGAGCUUUGGGAAGCAGUCUUGACCUUCAUCUGCUUUCCUCUUCUUGUCGUGGUGGCUUACAUCAUUGACAAAGAAUUCUGUGGGAAGAAGGAACACGAGCCAGACAUGGAACUUGGUCUCGAAAAACGAAAUGGUCCCAGCGGAAGUCAGACAAACUGGUAUCAACUCGCAACUCCUGGGGCGUCUCAUCUAACCGCUGGCCAUGUCGACAAGGAAGCCGUCAGCGAAUUCAUGAAGGAGGUCGGCAAGCACCCUGAUCUGGAUGAAGCUACCAUCGCCAAGCUAUUGGCAUUGGAAGUACAGCAGCAUGAGCAUCAUUCCCGGGGUUGGUAUCGUAUCAACGCUUCCCGUGCCAUGGCUGGUCGCCAGAAGGUCUCCCCUCAUGUAGAUCCACACACCUUGGAACUUUACCACAAGAUCAAGAACAAGGAGGUGCCGUCGUACAACCCUACUUCUGACAAGUCAAACGGAGGAACCCGCUCCGUGGUCGAGUUUGCUGCGUGCUCCUGCGCGGUCUUUGAGAAUGAGAAGAAAGUCAAUAUUCUUGUCAAGCGAUACGGUCUGCUCAGCACACAGCAUAUGGUCAAGUUUGAGACGUUUGACGGUACUGCUGAAGCCGGACAGGACUACAUCGCGAAGAAGGGUCAACUUAUCUUCGAACCCGGUGAAACCAGCAAGAGCAUCGAGAUCGAGAUCAUCGAUGACUACGAAUGGGAACCUGAUGAAACGUUCUUUGUCAAGCUCCACGUCGACACCAAGGGCACAGCUAUCCUAGGAACUCAGAGCAUUGUCGAAGUCACUAUCAUCAACGAUGACGAGCCUGGAACUUUGGAGUUCACCAAGACCAGUUUUAUCGUGAAGGAGAGCAUCGGAUCGGCUGUACUACCGGUGAUCAGGAACCAAGGAAGCGAUGGCAAGAUUGAAGUCUCUUGGAGGACUAAGGACCUUGAAGCAGUCAACGGCCAGGACUACACCGGAGGCGAGGGGACCCUGACCUUCGAGCACGGCGAGAGGGAGAAAUUCAUUGAAAUACCCAUCAUUGAUGAUCAGGAGUAUGAGAAGGAUGAAAGCUUUGAAGUAGAACUCUUUGAUCCCACUGCCGGGUCACAGCUUGGAAGGCUCAAGAAAACCGUUGUCACUAUCAUAAAUGAUGAUGACUACACCACCAUGUUGGAUCGUGUCGUUAAGAUCACUCAUGUUAACCUGGAUAGAUUGAGAAUAGGCAAUGCUUCGUAUGCAGAUCAGUUCCGAGAUGCCAUGAACGUCAACGGUGGCGAUGUUGAGAGUGCCACCUUGUUUGAUUACAUCAUGCACUUCUUGACUUUUGGUUUUAAGGUUAUCUUUGCCUGUGUACCCCCACCCAACUUCCUCAACUCGCGUGGGUGGAUCACCUUUGUGGUGGCAUUGGCUUUUAUCGCUGUCCUGACUGCCAUCAUUGGUGACUUGGCGACAAUAUUUGGGUGUCUCAUCGGCCUCCUAGCCCCCGUCACUGCCAUCACAUUCGUAGCCCUUGGAACCAGUCUCCCCGAUACCUUUGCCAGCAAGACGGCAGCCGUCAAUGAGAAUACCGCAGAUAACUCCAUCGGUAACGUGACGGGUAGCAACUCUGUCAACGUGUUCCUGGGCUUGGGGCUUCCAUGGCUUAUAGCUGCCAUCUACUGGGCAGCCAAGGAUGAUACCUUUGCGGUUCCUGCGGGUGGUCUUGCAUUCAGCGUGGCCACCUACACCAUCUGUGCCAUCGUCUGCAUCAUCAUCCUCAUGAUAAGACGGUACGCUGGUUUCUUCGGCAAAGCAGAGCUUGGCGGUCCUCCCAUCGGUCGGUAUGUCUCCGCCAGUAUCCUCAUCUCUCUAUGGUUCAUUUACAUCAUCCUCUCAUCUCUCUACGAGUACACGAUCAUCAAGUUGUAGGUAGCCAUUGGACCUACUUGACUCGCGAAGUGGACCAUGUGCACUUACCGAAUGACUUUAUGAUCAAACCUGUGUACAAAAACUACCUAGAAGAGAUUCGAGGUGUCCUUAUGUAAUAAUGAUAACAGUGUGCCUCGGAAUUGUUUCGAGAUAGCUGGCAUUGUAAAACUUCCUUUUAUUAUAUUAUUAUUAUUAUUAAGUUUGUGUGGUCUUUGUAUACAGGCUUCCCUGCACACAGUAAUACCUAUGUUUCAUCAGAAACAAAUGAUCAUGAGGUCUUUGCUGCACUCGGGGUUUCUUCCACACAGGAUUGCCGUACAUUGUCCUCAUCAAAGCAUAAAGUGUCAACUCAUUCAGUGUCGAGUUCAUGUCUAUUUUGUUGAUUCUGAGUAGACAUUGUCUGCUUCCUGUAAGUAGGUCCUCAGUCUCUGUACCUAUCAGCAGUGAGGAUCGUCGGGUGGUGUUUCACAAAGAGUUAAAUCUGACUGAAAAUCAGUUGCAUGCGGUCUAUAGCGCAUCAAUGCAUUGGUGAGAUCAUGCACAGAGGAUGCAUACUACCCAUAUUCAUCACUGGCAUUAUUUGUUUUAUAUAUCAUGUGCGUGUUGCCACAUAAGAAUGACUUAAAGUCACUAUUAACUCUUUGUGAAACCGGCCCCUGUGAUCUUAAGCCAGUGGUGUUAUGCUCCAUUGAAUGUGGGAUAGGAAGGAACACCAAUGAAGAGGGACACUACUGAACACAAUUACAGUAAACUGAUAUAAAUUCAAUUUAUAUCACACUUUCAUGAAUCAGGGCUACAAUAGUAAAUUUUGACCUGGGAAACCCGAAAAAUGAUGUGGUGGUAACUGUUGGCUUAUAAAAAUCAGUCAGGUAAUAUAUAAUCAGAAAUGUAAAUGAAAAUGCAUUCAGACACGUGGGUGCUAGUUAUCUCAAACAGUAUUUGGAAAAUGCCCAGUGUAAUAUUUCUUGAGAAUGAAAUCUACAGUGAAUGCCAUUUUGCGAUAAGUGGAGCAGUUGUGUCUACGAUAUUGAUGACGACUCGGCAGCAAUAACGAUCAGAUAGAGGGGUUUAAAAAAUCUACGGAUAUUUCAGGGGGGUGUUUCACAAAGUAUGACAUAGAGUCGCACUUAAAUGUCGAGGCGUACAUGAUCUGCAACGUGCAAACUUAUGAUCAAUAUGCAGUUGUGCACGCCCUCUUGGCGUGAUCUGACCAAUGCGGUGAUGGCUUUUAUACCGCACGCAACUAGGCAUUUAAGUGGGACUCUAAGUCAUAUUUGUCUUUGUGAAACACCCCCAGGUUAUGUCAGAUUUGAACAUUAAUUGUUCAGCGUCAGGAGAAGAUGAUGCAGAAUAUUUCUUCUUGUCUGUUCACUACUUACAUAAGUUGAGAAAUGUUACUCAUUUUGCCUAAAUGUCUGAAGAGUUGAAUAAUUUUGCGUUCAACUGUACAAGCCAUUUUUCUGAUGUUAUGUUUACUUUCCAUUCAUCAAGCUCGAUUCUGGAUGUGGGAUGGUGGAAAGAAACACAAUUUUAUUCAAGUAUGUACCAAAAUUUCUGCAACAAAAAUGUACAAAGAUGUAAGAAAUAUGUACAAUAAUUAGUUAAUUAGCAAUAGAUGGUACAUGUAGCUUGUGGAAAGAAAAUACUCAGUGACAUUAUUAGCUAGGUAUUUUGUACAAGAUUCUUUUAUAAAUGACAUGAUUCUUUGAAAAUCACUUCUGUUUCUGUUUAUCUUCCAUUUUCUACUUGAACGUGAAUUUUCAUUUCAAAGGACCAUUGAAGACUGUUUUUGUUGAGAAUGUAGAAAAGGUCUUGUGGUAAUUUUUUUCCUUCAUCCUGCAAAAUAUUUAAAUGUAAAUACUUUGCAGAAUGGCAAUGAUGUAUAUUUCAAAAUGGGUUUGUGUUUAUUUAACAGUUGUAUUUAUUAAUGUAUUGAGGGGAAAACUAAUGGAGUUCAUCAUUUUUUAUGAAAUAUCUACAGAUUGUGUAAUGGGUACCUGUAGUUAAACAAGUUGCAACAAUAUGAAUGAGUCAACUCUUUUGAAAAUGAUAUGUUUCUGUUUUGAAGUAUCAUAAUGACCUCCAAAGCAUAAUGA